UUGACGGAGCUGUCGUGUCAUCGACCAAACCUGACGUCUCCCACAAGUAUAUGCAGAGUUUGAAUAAACCACAGUGGAGCCGCAGUCAGACUUCCAAACCGGCCGAGACCUCAGUCCACCCUCCGUGACCGACGAUGGCCGCUGGCGAGGGGGUUCCUGCGGACUCCUUUGCGCGGUGAAGCCGCCCUUUCCCCCCGCGGGGAAGCCCGGCAGCAGCCGAGCAGCGCCACGUCCCCCGGCCGUGAACCGAGCCCCUCCGGCGGGGCACGGCGCCCGCCUACCCCCGCUGUGUGUGUUCCAGCCCAACACCAUGAGCAUCUGGCGAUGAUCCACCUGGUGGAAAGUUGGGAAAGACGGCGCAUUAAAAAGAAUUCAUGGAGGAGAGUUCACUUUAAGAGCGAAAGAGUGUUUUUUUGACAGCUUUUUGUUGCCAGUCCCACGCAGCGCUACCAUGUGUGAGGUGUCCGGGGAGGACCGGGACAUCACCGACCUGGAGCGGGGCUCCGCGGCGGGGACCGGGGUGCUGCUGGUGGUGGACCCGGGCCGGGUGCGAGCCCCGCUCAGCGUGGUGCUGGCCACCCUGCUGUACUGCGCAGAGCUCGUCACCUCCGCCGUCAUGUGCAGCAUGUACCACAAGACCGACGACAGCACCUGGAUGGGAUUCACCAUCACCUUCGCCCUGGUGCCCGCCGUGCUCAUCCAGCUCACCCUCACCUUCAUCCACCGGGACCUGGGCCGGGACCGGCCCCUGGUGCUGUUCCUGCACCUGCUGCUGCUCGGCCCCGUCAUCCGGUGUUUUGAGGCUCUGGUGGUUUAUUUCAAGGCUGGUAGAAAGGAGGAGCCUUACGUCACCAUCUCCAGGAAGAUCAGCCUGAAGAAGGGGCAGCAGACGCCCAUGGAGCUUGAAAUCGGCCGGUCGGAGCGAACCCUGGCCACGCACCGGAAUGCCUUCAAACGCACCGCUGUUAUCCAAGCGUUCCUGGGAUCCACACCUCAACUAACGCUCCAGCUGUACGCCACCAUCCAGGAAAAAUACAUCCUCUUCCCUACGAGAUUGGCUCUGAUGGUCAUCACCCUCAUCUCCAUCACGUACGGGGCUCUCGUGUGCAGCGUUCUGGCCAUUCAGAUCAGAUACGACGACUACAAGGUGCGGCUUCGGCCCGUAGCCUACCUCUGCAUGGUCAUAUGGAGAGGCUUGGAGAUUGCCACCCGGGUCACGGCUCUGGUCCUCUUCAGCACGGCGCUCACCCACUGGGUGGUCCUAGUCGGCAUGGCUAACCUGCUCUUCUUCUUCUUCCUCCCCUGGGUUGAGUUCUGGGCCAAGAAAGGCUCACUGACUGAGGGCGUGGAGAAAAACUUCUCCAAGCUGGGCACUACAGUCGUGCUGUGCAUGUUCACGCUGCUCUACGCGUGCAUCAACGUCUUCUGCUGGUCGGCGGUGCAGCUGGACCUCACGCAUCGGGAGCUGAUCGAGAGGAGGCAGCGCUGGGGCUGGCUGGCCAUGUACUACUCUGGACGCUUCGUGGAGAACUUCCUCCUCAUAACGCUCUGGUACUUCUUCAAGUCGGACUUCUACGAGUACGUGUGCGCGCCGCUGCUGGGCGUCCAGCUGCUGAUCUCCUACAGCCUGGCCGUGCUCUUCAUGCUGCUCUUCUACCAGUUCUGCCACCCUUGCAGACGCCUCUUUAGGUACAACAUACACGACUGCCUGCACUGCAUCUGCUGCCGCAGAAAGAGGCGUGGAGAGAACGGGAGGCGGGGAAACCUGCCCCCGUCGUACUCCACGGCUGGAACCAUGGUGCUGAUGCCAGAGGAGCCGCUGGAGCUGCUGGAUCCUCAAAACUCUCACUGUCCCGACCUCACCAAUCAUCCGGAGGAGCAGGAGACGGCCAUUAUCGAAGACAUGAUGGAGGCAGCCUGAGAGGGCGCUGCAAGGUUUCCUCCCAAUGUAGGCCUUGAGGAAUAAAAUACAAGCUAAAUAUCUUUGUGUUCUUUGAGAGAGGAUGUUUUAGGGAACAAACUUUUGCCUUUUUCUCUGAAGUGCACCAAGCUACCCAUUUACAGUUGUGAGAGGGAAGUGACCCUGUGGUGUGUUCAUGGAGGAUUAUUGCAUACAGUGAGGGCUCACGGCCCCAGCCUACCAAAGAAUGUAGCAUGUCAAGUUUUGCGUCGAUGCACAAAGGCGUCUGUUGAGAGAGCAGCGCUGAGCCAGGUGAGAAAAACAUGCCGAGUGUGUCUGAAGUGGCCAAAAACACUGACCAGGACACCCCUCCGUUCACUUCCUCUCAGGGUUUCUGUGCUCUCAACACAAGCCCGCUCGCAUACGUCUGCAUCUGCACUAACGACACUAAAAAUCAGAUAAAUACGGCAGGAAUGGCAAGAAAAGGUCAGAAUUUUGAUUUCCUCAUACCUUAACCGCUGUCGUGAAUGACCUGUGUUGUUCGCUUCCCAGCUGCCUUGAAUGAAAGACAAUAUUGUUUUAGAGUUGCAGAAGAACAUUUAAAAACACGAUAAAUGUCUGUGAGAAUUUUGUAAUGAAAAAUACUGUUCAAUAUCUGUGAGGAAGAAACGAAAUGAAUCUUAAUACUGUUGCAUUAACAAGACUGACACUGAAUGAGCUACGACUUUACUGAAGUGCUUUAACUUUGCUUGUUGUUUUUUUUAUGUUUUGUCCAUGUUUGUUUUACAGUGCCUUGUACUACUUGAACCUUUAAUAAAACAAGAAAAAGCAGUCUC